AAAAAUGAAACUAAGAGAAGAAAUAAACAAAUUAUAAACCCAGAAAAACUAGAACACACGCAUUCUUCAAGUUUGAAUUUCGAACCCAAAUCGAUACUGCCAUGGCUUCUUCUUCUUCUUCGCCUUCGCCCGAGUUUGAAAAUUUUGUAGCUUCCUUGGUUGCUCAUGUAAUCACAUAUAGGAGCAAUGCGGAGCUGAGGUUUCUGAUAAUUAUGAGACGACUUGCUGGGGAUGUGGACUGCGCGUUAUGCUUCCGUCAUGUGCAUCUAUUUUCAAAUGUGGUUGGUGUGGGGCCAUUACAGAUCAUAACAAAAAGAAACGUGAUGAAAAGUGCGUUGGGUGGAGACUACUGCGUGAUCGAUGCUUUCUUUCUGUUGUCCUAGUAUUUAUGUUCUUUGUAAUAUUUGGUGGGGUGUGGGCAGUGUACCCUGUAGUCUUCUCUGUCAGUCUUCUUUGGGGAAUUUUUCACUCAAUCAUUACAACAAUUUUGUCCAUAGCUACACUUUCCUUUUUCAGCCUUGCAGCAUUUAGAUGUGCUGGGACACCACCAAAUAUAUUAUGGGGAAGCUACCCCACGGUAGGGAAAGGCGACCUUGAAAAUUAUACAUUCUGUCAAUACUGCUUGAAGCCAAAGUCACCUAGAGCACAUCAUUGCCGUUCAUGUGGAAAAUGUAUACUGGACAUGGAUCAUCACUGCCCAUUUAUUGGGAAUUGUGUUGGUGCAGCUAAUCACUACAGCUUCAUGUGCUUCCUCAUUUCAGCAGUGGUGAGCACAAUCUAUGUCUCUAUAAUGUCUGCAUAUGCUAGCUUGCAUAUUUGGCCACCAUCAUCAUACUCCCUCGGACGCUUAAAGGGGCUUACUGGCCGAGAUCUAGCAUGGAGAUUGUUGAAUGAAAUUUUUAUUGCCUUCCUGAGAUCUGCGUUGUUUCUAUCGUCUAGAGGACUUCUUCUUGUGUAUCUGUUUAUCGCAAGUGUUUCAUUGCAGAUAGGAUUGAGUGUUCUUUUAUGGCAGCAGCUCUCUUUUAUCUAUCAGGGAAAAACUUUUCUGAGUAACUUAAGUUCACAGGCAGAUAAUGACGAAGAAGAAAAGAAAGAUUGCCAAAAUCUUGUUAGAUUUUUUGGUUUACAACAUUCUGUAUCAAGAUUUUUGUCUUACUUUCGUGUUACUAGGAAGAGGCACGACACAUAAGGUGAAUCUGUCAUAUUAUUUAGUCAAUGGCUUCUGACUCUUGACAUUUGUAUCAAAGUGUUUUUGUAUCUUUUCAAUAGGUAAGCCUGAAUUUUUCAGAAAACACCACUACAAAAUAUAGAUACAUGCUAGCAUAAA